CAGUAAUACUUAUUGAUAUAAUAAAAUAAAUGCCCACUUGGCACAAAAAUAAGCCACUGAGCAAAUAAUAUUAAACAUGAUAAAUUGAAUAAUAAUAGUUCCGACUUUCGAGUCAUGUAGCAUCAAAGAAUGAUUUUUUUUUUAUAUGAAAUUCAGAAACUGAUAAAAUUAAAACUAUCUGGGUUGGUAGUAGAUAUUUGUUUUUGGCAUUUCAGCGUACAUAUUUUUAAUAUAUAUUUUUUUAAUUAUGUUAAAUGUACGAUUACAUCGUAGCGAUCGACUUUCCGUUGUUAUCUCUCAUAAACAACUGUGUUCAAGGCUGAAUUUAAGUAACAAUCGUUACCAUUUCGUCAGAAACAUUAUGAAUGGUGGAAGUGAAAACAAUAUUUACAUUUUAAAUAGGAACAUAAUCAGAAGCAAUGUCUGUUUUAAGCAAUGUUAUUGAUGAUCAUCAGAUGGAAAUAAUAAAAAACGAAUUUGUUAGACUUGAAGAUAAAUGUUAUUUAGAAAAUGCAGGGACAGCUCUAUACCCACAAAAACUAUUAAACAAAAUAAAUGAUGAUCUACUUAAAAAUGUGUAUAUGAACCCUCACUCUGACAAAUAUACCAGAGACUGUAUAGAACAAAUAAGAUGUAUGGUUUUACAACAUUUUAAUACAGACAAUUCAAACUACACUGUGGUAUUUACAUCUGGUACAACACAAUCGCUAAAACUUGUUUUAGAAACUUUUCAAUUUCAUAAUAAUAAUGAUGAUAACUCAAUAGGGUCUUUUAUUUAUCUUAGAGAUAACCAUACUUCUGUUAUUGGCCUAAGAGAAUUAGCUGAAAAUAAAAAUGUUGAUGUUGUUCAUAUAUCUCAUGAAGAAUUUCUAUCAUCUUUAAAAAUACCUCAACCCUCAAAUGAUUUGCAAGAAAGAAACAAGAAUAAAAGCAAUACUUUGCUAGUGUAUCCAGCACAAAGUAAUUUUAAUGGGUUUAAGUAUCCUAUAGAUUGUAUGGCCAACAUAAAAAAUGGAUGUCUAAGAGGUUAUCUGAAGAAACAAUUAUGUGAUGUUAAUUGUAAUUGGUACAUAUUAUUAGAUGCUGCAUCUUUGACAUCUACAAAUAAACUAGACUUGUCCGUCACACAACCAGAUUUUGUAUGUUUAUCUUUUUAUAAAAUAUUUGGCUUUCCUACUGGAUUGGGUGCUUUAUUAGUGAAAAAUAAUAGUGCAGAUGUGCUUAAUCAAAAAAAGUAUUUUGGUGGAGGAACAGUGGACAUUGUUUUGAGUGGUGAGGAUUACCAUGUGAAAAGAAAUGCUCUUCAUGAAAGAUUUGAAGAUGGAACUCAGGCAUUUUUGUCCAUAAUUGCCUUAAAGCAUUGCUUUGAUGUAAUUUCUCUUCUGAUACCUAAAAUUGUUAAUAACAAUAUCAUGGACACAAUAUCUUACCACACAUAUUAUUUAGCCAAAGAUUUAUACGAACAAUUAAAGAAUCUAAAACAUGACAAUGGUACUAAUGCAGCUGUUUUAUAUAUGGAUUCAGAUUUUACGGACAUAAAGACACAAGGAGGGAUUGUAACAUUUAAUUUAUUAAGGAAAAAUGGAUCCUACAUUGGAUAUGUUGAGUUUCAACAUAUGGCAGAUUUAUUUAACAUUAGCAUCAGAACAGGAUGCUUUUGCAAUUCAGGAUCUUGUCAAAGACAUUUGAUAAUAUCUAAUAAAGAAAUGAAGGCCAUGCAUAAAGCUGGUCACAAAUGUGGAGAUGAAAUAGAUUUAAUAGAUGGAAAACCAACCGGUGCAAUAAGAGUUUCAUUUGGUUACUAUAAUACAUAUGAUGAUGUAGAUAAGUUAAUCUUAAUGAUAAGCAAAUGUUUUCUUAGAAAACAAAUCCAAAAACCAAAACGCAUAAUGAUGAAUUUUAACAAAAAUGUAACACAAAUAACUAAUGGAAUAUCAUCAAAUGAACAGAUCCUGAAAUCCUUGGUUUUAAAACAAAGAAAUUUCAGCAAUGGCAAUGAAAUAGACCAUUAUAACAAUGAUUACAAAAUGACUUUAAUUGAAAUUGACAUAUUUCCAAUUAAAUCAUGUGGUGCUUUUAAAAUAAAAUCAGGCUGGAAAAUUGGUACAAAAGGGUUAGAAUUUGAUAGAGAAUGGAUGAUUGUAAGGGAUAAUGGCAUUUGUCUUACACAAAAACAAAACACAUUCAUGUGUAAAAUUCAACCAAUUAUAGACCUUAAGAAUAGAUGUCUCACAUUGAACUUUGAUGGUAUUUAUAUAUUUAUAAUAAAUACACUUAUUUUAGGUAUAUUAAAAAUAAUGUUUUUUUUUUUUAUUUCAUUUACAGGUCAAAAGCCCAUUUCGAUAUCUUUAGACCCUGCAGUAUCUAGUACUUAUACAGAAACACAAGUUUGUCAAAGUAAAGUUUGUACUGACAUCAUAAAAGGGUAUGAUUGUGGAGAUGAAGUAGCUGAUUGGAUAUCAAAUGCUUUAGGCAUUUCGUUCUUAAGAUUAAUAAGGCAGUCAUCUGAUAGAUUGCUGAAAAAGAAAGCUAGUGAAGAACAAAAAUUACUCUCCCUGAGCAAUCAAGCUCAAUUUCUUCUAAUUAAUAAAGCAACCGUUAGAUGGUUGAGAGAUAAAAUAACAGACGAAUCAUUUUCAGAUGACAUAAAUUCAUUAGUUGAUCGAUUUCGAGGGAAUCUGAUAAUUGAUUCAAAAAAAGAACUUAUAGAAAGAGAUUGGCAAAAAGUAAUAAUUGGAAAACAUGAGUUUAAGGUAGAAGGGCAAUGUUCUCGUUGUCAAAUGGUCUGCAUUGAUCAAAGAACAGGCGAGAAAACUGUUGAGCCGUUGAGAACAAUAUCGCAAGAAUUUGGUGGAAAGCUACGUUUUGGUAUAUAUUUAAGCUAUAUGGGACCGAUAUAUAAAUGUAACGAUCGCAUGCUAAAAACAUAUUCAGAAGUUAAUACUUAAGUUUUGGGAAUUAUGUAAUUACUGUAGUAUUUUAAAAGUUAAUGUUUUUGCCUGUCAAUGAAUUAAAUAAAGGCAGUAUUACUUAUAUUACUUACUAAGAGCACACUUUU